CUCAUACCCACAAAGCACUCACCACACCAGCAAAUUACUGCAAACUCUCAAACAGAAGCAUUUGUGUUCAUCAGUUUGUGGGUUAUAUCAGAAUGAAAACAUCAAUGAAUGCCAUAGCGACCGUUUUCAUGGUGGCAUUGAUAGCCAUGGGCUCAUCGUCAACAACUACACUGGUGAAUGCGCAGCUAGCCGCCGUGACAUGUCCAGGCGCCCUGCUUCAGCUGCUGCCCUGCCUGCCAUUCCUCACCAAGCAAGUCGCAUCCCCGCCUGCCCAAUGCUGCUCGAAUGUUAAGCUGCUGAACGACGAGGCGAACACCGCUGCCAUCCGUCAGCAGCUCUGCAAGUGCUUCAAGCCUGCUGCCAUCACCUACAAGGUCGAUCCUGCCGUCGCCAAGGCUCUCCCUGGCUUGUGCCGCGUCAAUGUCCCUGUCCCUAUCGAUCCGAAGAUCGACUGCAACACGAUUUCCUAGAUGUGAGAUACGGAUGAAGUUGUGGAGCCAUGGAAGGCGAUGGGCAUCCAUGGAUCUUGGACCAGAGUUUGCUAUACAAAUUAAUGAAAUGGUGUUGAUGAUGAUACAUAAAACACAGUUCUUCGAUGGUUGAUUACUGCACACACAGGGAAAGGAAGUCGGAAUAAACAGCUAGCUUGCUUAGUUAAUAAAGACAGAAGUUGUGUUCUAUAUAUGUGUUUCAUUUUUAGAAUCGUUUUGCAAUGUCUUCACCUUCAGGCUUCAACUAAACAAAUUAAUUUGCAAUGUACUUCGAAUAUAACUCCUAAGUGUGGGUAUCAAUAUAUCAUAUAUCUAGCUUUUUUUGGUGCAACAUAUAUAAGAAAAUUUGUUUUCAUGCAUAUUUAUAUUUUUUUCUCGUUGGCAUAUGUCAAAACAUCAAGAAUAAUUGAUAAGUUGUGUAUGGUAUUUGUUACGAUUUAGCUGACAUUUAGCUGACAUUCAAUAUUUCUCGACGAAGAUUUAAGUAUCUUAAGUUUAACUUAUGUAUUGUAAUUGACUAACACAUGAAUAUGAGAUUGAUUUCCUAGCUCGAAUUAUGUUAAAACCAAUCCAAACGAUCGCUUUUGAGGUUCGAAAUUGCAUUGACCGGUCUGACCUAAAAAACUUUAAGGACCGCCCGGUAUAUAUAAACUUCACAUGUUCCAAUAAUUUGACAAUUUAGAGUCAUGAAUAGAGGUUUAAGCACCAUGCUUAAUCUAUAAGAAAAGUUGACUAAUCCAUACACAAUAUCCGAUCCCUGAAUGAAAAUUAGAUACAAAAAAUGCCUAGUUAAUACAAAAUCUCUUAACCAAAUUGGGGUUGACGACUUGACGUAGCGAUAAUAUGGGGAUGAGACCAUCUACCACAGUUUAGAUUCGAUCUUUGUAACCAACAACCAACAAAAAAAUUAUGUAUUGGCAAAUUCAUAGUAUUUAAAGAUGGGCAAUGACUCGACUAGAUGCUAAAAUCCACCCAUUCCAGGUUUUGGUGGAUGGUGAAAAAUGUCCUAUCAUAAACUAACUAGUCUCAAUAACUCCAGUUGAGAGAGAAUAUUAUUUAUGAAUCUUAUACUAUUUUACAUACCCUAUCAAACGAAAGCCAACUAACGGGCUUGAAUUUUGUACAAGUGAACAAUACUUUGUGUUUUAAUCAACUGUUAACAUUGGAUCGUGGAGAUUCGAACUCACGACCAUUUGGUCAAACCAGAUAUGAUGAUCUGUAAUCCAUACUAGUGAUUACCUAAUGGGUACUAUAAUCUUGAGAAUCCACAACACUAUUAAAUAACAAUAUUAACCAAUAAUGGCAGAACUUUCUAUUCCAAAUUAGAAACAAAUUAGCAUCUGCUAAAAAAAUGUGAUAAUGCAUAGCCUUGAUAAAAUUUCAAACGAAUACCAUAAACCAAGGAAAAUAUGCUAGAAAUCACCUAAUGAAUAUCAGAUAAUUUAGCCAAAUUCUGGUACUGGUGGGUGAAUCCCUCCUAAUCAAUUUUCAUCGACGAAAGCUAAUAAUGAUAACUGGUUUUCGUAAAAGUGGAGAUAAUAUACCGUAUAUACUCGAUUUUAAAUUUAUGUCACGUACUCAAUCGUAUAUUGUCAUUUUGAUAAUCUCGUCAUUAGGUCAGAAAAUAAAAGUAUAGUAUACCAUGGAUCACUUGCCUACAUGUACCACCCACCCAAAAUGAAAUAGGAUAAAAUCU